GUGGCGCAACGUUUCGUGUGUAAGAACCGAGCCUCUUCUGGCCUCAGGCCCUUGGCGGACUCCUGGGGCGGCCCGAGUGUGGGACGCCUCGGGUCACCGCGCGCUCCUCCUCCGGGCCUGAGUCACUGCGCCGCCGGAGUCCCCACGCGAGGAUGCUGCGGUGAGCGCGGCCGGACGCCGCGGGGCCCCUGGGGCGCAGAGUCAGGAUCUCGGCCGCCCAGCGGCGCCGCUCGGGAAGCCAGGCCGCAGCUGCGCGCUCCAGGAAGGCCGCCCCGUCCGCCUUCCCCGCGGCUGCUCGGGACCUCCUCGGCGGGCGGCGGCGGGGCCUGCCGUGCGCUCCGCGCCCGCCCGCGCCUGCCCUCCAUGGCGUUUAUCCGGAAGAAGCAGCAGGAGCAACAGCUGCAGCUCUACUCCAAGGAGAGGUUUUCCUUGUUGCUGCUUAACUUGGAGGAAUACUACUUUGAACAGCACACAGCUAAUCAUGUUCAGUGCAAUGGUAGCCAGGAAGAAAGGAAAAUCAGAGGCUCCUUAAAAAUAUGUUCAAAAUCAGUGAUUUUUGAACCAGAUGCAAUAUCCCAACCUAUCAUUAAGAUUCCUUUGAGAGACUGUAUAAAGAUAGGAAAACAUGGAGAAAAUGGAGCCAAUCAACACUUUGCAAAGGCAAAAUCUGGUGGUAUUUCACUCAUUUUCAGUCAGGUAUAUUUUAUUAAAGAACAUAAUAUUGUUGCACCAUAUAAAAUAGAAAGGGGCAAAAUGGAAUAUGUCUUUGAAUUGGAUGUUUCAGGGAAAGUGGAAGAUGUGGUGGAGACGCUGCUUCAGCUUCACAGAGCAUCCUGCCUUGACAAACUGGGUGACCAGACUGCCAUGAUAACGGCUAUCUUGCAGUCACGUUUGGCUAGGACAUCAUUUGACAAAAACAGAUUCCAAAGUGUUUCUGAAAAGCUACACAUGGAAUGCAAAGCAGAAAUGGUGACACCUCUGGUGACGAAUCCUGGACAUGUGUGCAUCACAGACACCAACCUGUAUUUUCAGCCUCUCAACGGGUACCCGAAACCCGUGGUCCAGAUAACGCUGCAAGACGUCCGCCGCAUUUACAAAAGAAGGCAUGGCCUCAUGCCUUUGGGCCUGGAAGUAUUUUCCACAGAAGACAAUCUGUGUUCUGACAUCUACUUGAAGUUCUAUGAGUCUCAAGAUCGAGAUGACCUCUAUUUUUACAUUGCCACAUACCUAGAGCACCACGUUGCAGAGCACACUGCUGAGAGCUACAUGUUGCAGUGGCAGCGGGGGCACCUUUCCAACUACCAGUACCUCCUCCAUCUCAACAACCUGGCUGACCGCAGCUGCAAUGACCUCUCCCAGUAUCCCGUGUUUCCAUGGGUAAUAAGUGAUUAUUACAGCUCAGAAUUAGAUUUAUCAAAUCCAGCAACCUUUCGGGAUCUUAGUAAGCCAGUGGGAGCCUUGAAUAAGGAACGGCUGGAGAGACUGCUGAUUCGCUAUGAGGAAAUGCCUGAGCCGAAGUUCAUGUAUGGAAGUCACUACUCUUCCCCGGGUUAUGUGCUCUUUUAUCUUGUCAGAAUUGCACCAGAAUAUAUGCUGUGCCUACAGAAUGGAAGAUUUGAUAAUGCAGAUAGAAUGUUCAACAGUAUUGCAGAAACCUGGAAAAACUGUUUGGAUGGUGCAACAGAUUUUAAAGAGUUGAUUCCAGAAUUCUAUGGUGAUGAUGUCAGCUUUUUAGUCAAUAGUCUGAAGUUGGAUUUGGGGAAGAGACAAGGAGGACAGAUGGUUGAUGAUGUAGAACUUCCCCUGUGGGCCUCAAGUCCCGAGGACUUUCUCCAGAAGAGCAAGGAGGCACUGGAAAGCAAUUAUGUAUCAGAGCAUCUCCAUGAAUGGAUUGAUCUAAUAUUUGGCUACAAGCAAAAAGGGAGUGAUGCUGUUGGGGCCCAUAAUGUAUUUCAUCCCCUGACCUAUGAAGGAGGCGUUGACUUGAACAGCAUUGAGGAUCCUGAUGAGAAAGUAGCCAUGCUAACCCAAAUCUUGGAAUUUGGGCAGACACCAAAACAACUGUUUGUGACACCACAUCCUCGAAGGAUCACCCCCAAGUUUAAAAGUUUGUCCCAGACUUCCAGUUAUAAUGCUCCUAUAGUAGAUUCCCCAGGUGAAGAGUCUUUUGAAGAUCUGACCGAAGAAAGCAAAACACUGGCCUGGAAUAACAUCACCAAACUGCAGUUACAUGAGCAGUAUAAAAUCCACAAAGAGGCAGUCACGGGGAUAGCAGUCUCAUGCAACGGGUCUUCAGUCUUUACAACAUCACAAGAUUCCACCUUGAAGAUGUUUUCUAAAGAAUCCAAAAUGCUUCAAAGAAGUAUAUCAUUUUCAAAUAUGGCUUUAUCGUCUUGUUUACUUUUACCAGGAGAUGCCACUGUCAUAAGCUCUUCUUGGGAUAAUAAUGUCUAUUUUUAUUCCAUAGCAUUUGGAAGACGCCAGGACACAUUGAUGGGACAUGAUGAUGCUGUUAGUAAGAUCUGUUGGCAUAAUGACAGGCUAUAUUCUGCAUCGUGGGACUCAACAGUGAAGGUGUGGUCUGGUGUUCCUGCAGAGAUGCCAGGCACCAAAAAACACCAGUUUGACUUGUUGGCUGAGCUGGAACAUGAAGUCAGUGUGGAUACAAUCAGUUUAAAUGCUGCAAGCACACUGUUAGUUUCAGGCACCAAGGAAGGCACGGUGAAUAUUUGGGACCUUGCUACGGCCACCCUAUUGCACCAGAUUCCAUGCCAUUCAGGGACUGUUUGUGAUGCCGCUUUUAGCCCAGAUAGUCGCCAUGUCCUCAGCACAGGAGCAGAUGGCUGUCUGAAUGUAAUAGAUGUGCAGACAGGGAUGCUCAUCUCCUCCCUGACAUCAGACGAGCCCCAGAGGUGCUUUAUCUGGGAUGGAAAUUCCGUUUUAUCUGGAAGUCAGUCUGGCGAGCUGCUCGUUUGGGAUCUCCUUGGAGCAAAAAUCAGUGAGAGAAUACAGGGCCACACAGGUGCUGUGACUUGCAUAUGGAUGAAUGAACAGUGUAGCAGCAUCAUCACAGGAGGGGAAGACAGACAAAUUAUGUUCUGGAAAUUGCAGUAUUAAGUGCCUUUUCCUCUCUUGAACAUUAAAUUCUAUUUAAAGUAUUUUUAAACAAAACUUUUAAAAGAACUGGUGAAUGUGCAAUGGUAGUAAUUAGAAGUGUCACCACAUGGAAAAUUUGUGGUUUUAAACUUUCUAAAUCAUGGUGAUUUCGUUUUUGAAAGCCAUUAGUUGCCAUCCACUAAGGCAGAUAGAAUUAUGAGUGUUAGAGAGAAAAUAUUACAUCCCAGUGUGAUGAUGGGUAGAAGACUGGGUUGGGUGGCAGAGAGAAGCCAAGAGAUACUAAACUGGGGAAACAUCAGAAAGCACUCAACAGUUUAGAAUUCCCCACGAAAAUGUGCAGUUAUCGUCUGCUACUUCUGAGUCACUCUGUUUUGUCUUCCUGAUCUAUCAAUUGCUGACACUGGGUUUUUACGAAUGUGUUUCAUGGAGUGGUUACUUUCUAUGAUGCUGUCCCCAGCUUCUAAGAACCUGGGAAAGGAUUAGCAGUUCUUAUAGCAGUAAGUUUACUGUGUAUAGGAAUGGUUUGUAUUUCAUUAAGCUAUUAAAUGCUCAUCUUUUCUACAUUAAAAAUAUUUUUCUGUAAUGAGA